CGUAAGUUUCGAGGACCAGCUGAUGUAGCUGCUUAUAUACUUGCCUGUAGUUGCUUUGGUAGCAAAUUUAUCUCUUCUAGAUCAAAUCUAUCUUGACGCCUUGGGGAAAACAGUCGCGGUCUUUAGUAUUUGCUGGAUAAGAUUAAACAAUGUGUGAUUUGAAGAGGAACUGACGUUAGCUUAAGCAGGUCAAUCAGAAAGAGAGAGAGGGGGAGAGCGAUCGAGAGAGAGAGAAAGAGGGGGGAGAGCGAGCUAACGCUAGAGCAGCCGCACUGCUAACAUUGCAGCCUAAUGUGCAUUUAUCUGCUUCCGUAGGCAAUCUUUACUUAUUUAAGCGUUGGUGCAUACUAUUAUGUUUUCGAUGCACCUUCUCGAGUCACCAUAGCUUUAUAUUGUCAGUUGGGAGAGUUUGUAUCAGUGCAGGACGGUGUUUUUUUAUGUUUUUUGUUUUUUUUGGUAAAGGGCUGAGUUAGCUUAGCGGUAGCGCGAGCAGCUUGCGAGCCGAAGUUCCUCAAGCUCCUUUUGCGUUUCGCUUUCAAGAUGCCUGCUAUGUUAGAGAAGGGCACCACCGAGAUGUCGGGUAAAAGAAGAGGCAGAACGUCUGUUAAUAACCCGACGAAAAGUUUUACUUCAAACGGGAACAGUAACAUUUCAUGGGAGGAAGGAAGUUCGGGUUCCUCAAGUGAUGACGAGCAUGGUGCGGGAGGGAUGCGAGUUGGAUCGCAGUAUCAGGCUGUUGUUCCCGAAUAUGAUACCGAAAUAGCAAAGGCAAGCCAUGAGAGAGAGAAUCUGGGUAUGCUGGUGUGGAUUCCAAAUCAGAGCAUAUCAGAGGCCAAAUUGGAUGAGUAUAUUGCAAUAGCCAAAGAAAAACAUGGGUACAAUAUGGAGCAGGCAUUGGGCAUGCUGUUUUGGCAUAAACACAACAUUGAAAAGUCUUUGGCAGAUCUUCCCAACUUCACCCCUUUUCCAGAUGAGUGGACAGUGGAAGACAGGGUGCUGUUUGAACAAGGUUUCAGCUUUCACGGCAAGACGUUUCACCGAAUCCAGCAGAUGCUACCAGACAAGUCUAUUGCAAGCCUGGUUAGGUUCUAUUACUCGUGGAAGAAAACACGCAGCAAAACGAGUGUGAUGGACCGUCACGCCCGCAAACAAAAGAGAGACAGAGAAGAGAGUGAUAAUGAAGCAGAAGAAAACAAUUGCAAUUCCCCAAGGGAUACUGAAGUUGAGCCAAAUAAGGAAGAGAAGAAAGAGGGAACAUCUGGAGUUGAAAAGCAAGAAUCAAAACCAGCAGUUGUGCAGAAGCCAGCAAACACUGCAGAAAAAUCAAUGCAUAUUAAAAAGGAAGCACAGGGACUUGCUGGGAGGAACCUACACAGGGCAAAGAAGAAACCUCCCAAAGGAAUGCAUUUAAACUCCAGUGAUGUGACUGCCGUCUCCAGCAGCAGCCCAGCUGCAGUUAGCCUUCUGAGACAGCUAGAUAUGGAGCUCAUCGGCAUUAAACGACAGAUUCAGAGCAUCAAACAGUACAAUAGUGCCCUGAGAGACAAGCUAGAAACAGGCGUAGAUGAGCUUAGGCCAUCUGAGGCUUCUCAGAAAUUUAAUACACGCUGGACCACAGAAGAGCAGCUGCUUGCAGUACAAGCUAUAAGGAAGUAUGGGCAGGAUUUCCAAGCCAUUUCUGAUGUGAUUGGCAACAAGUCUGUGGUUCAAGUGAAAAACUUCUUUGUCAAUUACCGUCGACGUUUUAACCUGGAUGAGGUGCUGCAGGAGUGGGAGGCUGAGCACGGUGUCGAAGGAAGAGAGGAAGAAAAGAUGGAGGUGUCUUCGGAGGAGGGGAACACCCCUGGGUCUGCAGAAAAUCAGACAGAGGAACCAACGACAAUGGAAACGCAGAACCCUUCAGCUUCCUGACUUCUCAACCACUGGUCAGAUGAGGUCAAUUCAGUAGAUAUUGCAGCUGUGCAUAAGGGGCAUUAAGGCUUAAGAAGCCUUAAGUGUAGCCUCUUCUUAAUGGACAUUCCUCUUCACACCAAAUCCCACCACCCAGCUGAACCCAGGACUCAAUCAGAUGCUACCGAAUGGGAGUGCAAACACAAGCAACUGAAAGGAACCAGGACUAUCUUCCUUGUUUAUUGCCACUGCCAACAGAAGUAGAGUCCAUGACUCUACCAGUCUGGUGCUCCAAAAAUCAUGUUUAGUUAGCCUUCUCCACAUAGGGUAAAUGAAACUUAUAGUCUGUCAAAUGGGAGAAAGAGACAGUCUCCCAUCCAAUCAUAAUUGGUUAUUGAAUUGUGCUCCUGAAAUAUUUGUCAUAAGGAGCUUUUUCAUAUUGUUUCUCAAUGUCACUGACCAUCUCUCUUUUUCUUUUUAUAUUCAUAGGACUCUGACUUGGUCCUAGUCAAACAUCCUUUCCAGUUACCUUUUUGUUACUGUAGUAUAUCUUCUAGUUAUAUGAUUUGUUCUUUGAAGUAGAACUUUUGGGAGGUUUGGUGAUCUCUGGUUGGAUUAUGUUAAAAUAUUUAUUUGCAUAAAUUAUGAGAACUGCACUGUAUCGAUACACAUAAAAUGCCAGUGUAGAUUAAAUUCGAAAUUGUUUUAAUGUACAUUUUUAUAUUCAUUUUAAGAAUGAGAUAGUUUGCAGCUCUUAUAUAUUAUUCAAGUGAAUUGGUCUAGUAUUCGUCGGAAUAUACGUAUGUUUAAUCACGGUGCAUUUUAAUUGAAAUUCACUGUCUCUAAAGGUUUCUUGGCUGAGGCCUUUGACUAAAAAGAGGCAAGUGUAGUUAUGGAAUGGGAAUUGUAUUUGAAGUAUGUUUGUUCUUGCUUGGAUAUUAAAGAUAUUAUUUAAAACUGUUAUUAUGCAUGAAGAGUUUCUUGACACAGCCUCAGUGCCAAGGUUAUGCUUUUCACCUUUUUAGGGUAUCUAAACUAAAAUAGGAAUUGCCAUGAAUAGUUAUUAAGAAUUUCAAGAUGUGGGAGCACAUCUACAUUUUAUUCAAUUUCACACUUGUAGAUAUUUUUAUACAUCCAAAGUUAACAAGGUGUUUGGAGGGGAAAAAGUACAUGAGUUCUAUUGUUUUUAAUUUGAAAACUAUUUAAAAUGUGUGCACAUCUCACCUGUUUCUACCAACUUUUCCCCUGUAAUAACUGUACUGGUACCAUACAUGUGUGAACUUCUUUUAAGCUUAUGUGUGCUGAUAAUAUGUAAAUGGUUGAGGUCAAAUUGUGUGUGUCUGCGUGUGUGGGUGCGAUCUAAUGUGGCCAUAGACUUCGCCUGUAUGUGUAAUCCGUUUGUCACACAUUAGUCAUAAUAAACUUAAGGGAUAUAUACA